AAAGACAUUUCGAUAUGCCUGGGCUUCAGGACAACCCUCUGGUAGCGCUACACCAGGGCAGUAAAUGUGAAAAAUGUGGUGAUGUAGUGCUGGAGUCACAGGAGCAAGGGGCUCUGUUGGGGUGCCAGUGUUUCUCUAUACAGGAAGGCUCCACCCCUCAUGGUGGUCUGGGUCAAAAAGCAAGAGAGGCCCGUGAUAAACCCCAAUGGACAGCAGGCCAUGUGGGGGACAUUGACUUCAUUGGGACCAAUAGAACCAGGGGCAAGUUUGCCAGGGUUCACAAUUCCACAGACCCCGUACUGAUAUACCAGUUACUAAUUGAGCAGUGGGGGCUUCAUCCUCCGCACCUGGUGGUGGCGCUAGUGGGUGGUGAUGAGCCGGCCCAGAUGAAGCCCUGGCUCAGAGACACAGUGAGGAAAGGCUUAGUGAAAGCCACCCAGAGUACAGGAGCAUGGAUCCUGACCAGCGGCCUGCGGUUUGGCAUCACCAAGCAUUUGGGUCAGGCUGUGAGGGACCACUCUCUGGCAAGCACCUCCAUGAAGGACCGUGUGGUGGCCAUCGGAAUCACUCCCUGGACCAUGAUCAAUAACCGAGACCUGCUGCUCUCCACCAAGCCUGACCAGCCAGCCGCCUACCCCACGGAGGACCUCCCCCAUGGGACCGUCUACUCUCUAGACUGCAACCACUCCCACUUCAUCCUGCUAGACGAGGACUCGCAGAAGCCAGGGGUCACCAGUGACAUGAGGGUCAAACUGCUUAAACACAUCUCCCUGCAGCGUACCGGAUACGGAGGACCCGGCAGCUAUGAAAUUCCUGUCCUGUGUCUGCUUGUUCAUGGGGAACCAAAGAUUUUGCAGAGAAUGUACAAGACCAUCCAGAAUGCAACUGCCUGGCUGAUCCUGGCUGGUUCCGGGGGCGUAGCAGACAUUUUAGUGACGCUGAUCAACAGAGGAUGCUGGGAUAGUGAGCUGGUCCAAGAGCUGCUGCUGGACACGUUUCCCAGCAGCCACUGCACUGACAUCACUUUCUGGAUCAAAGUGAUUCAGAAGAUUCUAUAUAAUGGUCACCUGUUGACCGUACAUGAUCCAGAGCAGGAGAGCUCUGAGCUAGACACAGUUAUACUCAAAGCACUAGUUAAAGCCUGUAAGAGCCAGAGUCAGGAGGCCCAGGACUUCCUGGAUGAGCUCAAACUAGCCGUGGCUUGGAAUAGAGUGGACAUUGCCAAGAGCGAGAUUUUCAGUGGGGAUGUAGAGUGGAGUGCACAAGACCUUGAGGGGGUCAUGAUGGAUGCUCUGGUCAACAACAAGCCAGAUUUUGUGCGUCUCUUUGUGGACAACGGCGUGAAUUUGGGCGAGUUUCUGACUUAUAGGCGUCUCCAGGAGCUGUACUGUUCAGUGUCAGAGAAGAGUCUCCUCUUUGACCUCCUGAAGAAACACCAGGAGAAACAGCUCCUGCUGACCUCAGCUCGGAACCCAGGGCCUCCUUUUGGGGAGUCUGGGGAGCGGCGGCCUCGCUUCACUCUCCAUGAGGUCUCCAAGGUCCUGAAGGACUUCCUGCAUGACUCAUGCAAGGGCUUCUACCAGAAGCUCCCAGCGGAGAGGGUGAAUAAAGGUCGCCUUUUCCACAGCCAGAAGGACCUCCCUGACCUUGAGGAGCGCUGUGAGAACCCAUGGAGAGACCUUUUUCUCUGGGCCAUCCUGCAGAACAGACAGAAGAUGGCAAACUACUUCUGGGCAAUGGGUCCAGAGGCAGUGGCUGCAGCUCUGGCUGGCUGCAAGAUCCUGAAGGAGUUGGCUCACCUUGAGUCAGAGGCAGAGUCUGCUCGCAUCAUGAAAGAAGCCAAGUAUGAGCAGUUUGCUCUCGAUCUGUUCAGCGAGUGCUACUCAAACAGUGAGGACAGAGCUUAUGCCCUCCUGGUGAGGAAGACGCACUGCUGGAGCAAAUACACCGUGCUGAAUCUGGCAAUGGAAGCAGACGCCAAAAGCUUCUUUGCCCAUGACGGUGUCCAGGCUCUUCUGACUAAGAUCUGGUGGGGAGCCAUGAAAACAGAUACAGCCAUCUCCAAACUGGUCCUGUCUUUUUUCCUCCCACCUCUAAUAUGGACCAACCUGAUCAAAUUCAGAGAUGGGGCACUGGAGAGCAGAGGCGGAGGGCAGCAGUUCGUGGAGCUGGACAGUUUGGACACAGAAAAGGCCCUGCUACUGACCGAGGAGGACCCAGAGGACUCGGAGGUGGCUGGCGACCCCGCCGAUCAGAGCUGUGGUGCUGCCUGGAGCCAGUUCCUCCUGCGUCGUUGGAGACGUUUCUGGAGCGCCCCGGUCACCGUGUUCCUGGGCAAUGUCAUCAUGUACUUCGCCUUCCUUGCCCUCUUCACCUAUGUGUUGCUGCUGGACUUCCGCCCUGCACCGCCGAUGGGACCGUCUCUGGCCGAGAUCAUCCUCUACUUCUGGGUGUUCACGCUGGUGCUGGAAGAGAUCCGGCAGAGUUUCUUCACAGAUGAAGACAUGAACAUUCUGAAGAAGUUUAAACUCUAUGUGGAGGAUAACUGGAACAAGUGUGAUAUGGUGGCCAUCUCUCUCUUUGUGAUCGGGGUGUCUUGCAGGAUGGCGAAAAGAACAUACGAGGCUGGGCGCACAGUCCUGGCUUUGGACUUCAUGGUUUUCACUUUAAGGCUCAUCCACAUCUUCGCCAUCCACAAGCAACUCGGGCCCAAAAUCAUCAUUGUGGAGAGAAUGAUGAAGGAUGUAUUCUUCUUCCUGUUCUUCCUGAGUGUGUGGUUGAUUGCAUAUGGAGUGGCUACUCAGGCCCUGCUACAUCCCAACGACCCGCGCCUGGACUGGGUCUUUCGUAGGGUGCUCUACCGCCCCUAUCUGCAUAUAUUCGGCCAGAUCCCCCUGGAGGAGAUAGAUGCUGCUAAAAUGCACGCCGAUAACUGCACCAUGGAUUUGCAGGCGAUCAUCUCAGGCGUUCUGCUACCCUGUCCUAACAUCUAUGCCAAUUGGCUGGUCAUCCUUCUACUGGUCAUCUAUUUACUGGUCACUAACGUUUUGCUGCUCAACUUACUCAUCGCUAUGUUCAGCUACACAUUCCAAGUGGUGCAGGGGAACACGGAUAUCUUCUGGAAGUUUCAGCGAUAUAAUCUCAUAGUGGAGUACCACAGCCGUCCUGCGCUGGCUCCGCCCUUCAUCAUCAUCAGUCACCUUUCCCAGCUCUUCCUAAGCCUCUUCAAAAAGGCUGAGUCAAAAAUCGAACACUUGGAGAGGGAGCUACCAGUGGGGCUGGACCAGAAGCUGAUGACAUGGGAGACGGUGCAGAAGGAGAACUACCUAGCCAGGCUGGAGAGGCAUCACCUGGAGAGCAGCGAGCAGAGACUCAGGAGCACAUCCUCAAAGGUACAAAGCCUGCUGAGGAUUGUGGGAGGGUUUAAAGAGCAAGAAAAACGCAUGGCAUCUAUGGAGGCUGAGGUGAAGUACUGCGGGGAGGUUCUGUCCUGGAUUGCCGAGUGCUUCGACAAGAGCACACUGAAGUGUGACAGAGACGCGCCCCUAUCCCCACGUAGGUCCGGGCUUCAGUUUUCCACUCCCAAGCCAACUCCCACUUCCACAGCAAAAAAAGAGGAGUCAGAAUGCCAGCGAGGACAUGGCAGCGGCAAGAAACUGCCUUACAUUGACGAAUAGCAGUGGCUGCAGACACACAGGCGCUGUUUGUGAAUUCAGCUACUUUUAUGACAAAACUAGAGAUUUAGUAACACAGAUUCCACCCACCGAGCACGAACAUGUUCCUACUUUUAGUUCAAUGCACUGCUUUUCUAUUUCUACUGAGCUAUUUGUGGUAUUUAAAUUAUUUUUACCUAAAUGUAAUAUUUAAAAUGACAAUUAUUUUGCUGCCUAAUAUGAUUGGUCAAAGUUGUUUCUGUGAUUUUGUCUAAGGCUUUUUUCUGGUAUAUCCAUGGAUUAAAGAUUACUAAUAUAAAUGUUUUCAUUUGUAAAUAAUGCAUUUGUUUUAACUAACUAGUCAUGUUCUCACUCCUGCAAUUCUGACUUGCUGUGGUUAGCCCUUGAUGUACACUUCCACCUCCAAACUUCCUUCUUUAAAAUAGUAAUGAACAUCUUUGCUAACUUUCUCUUACAUGCAAACAGGCACUGGAAGCACCUUUCCUGCCACUUCACGUUAAUAAUAUGCCUAUCCAGAGCGUCAUGCACUGAUUACACAUUAUCAAUGAAUGACCAGUACAGGCAAUGAAUCAGUAACUGAGGCAAGGGGAAAAAAAAAAAAGAAAAAGGAAAAACCACCACCACAAAAAGGGACUUCAAGAGUUUAUCUUAGAGCGUUGCCUGAGAAAGACACCCACGGCACAAAUACAGGGUUCAUCAUUUUGUCAGGAUGCAGUCGUCAUCAGAUCUCUGUCAAAUCCUGAAUCCAAGUCUUUCGGACUGUGUGAGUGUGUGAACUUAACACUCAGUUGCGACCACCUGCUUUGUAACAGCUUGGUAUGUACUCCGCUUGCUGUAAUGUAAUCUGUGUUGCUCAAGUCUUACUGUUCUUAUUUCAAUAACAAAAAUAUACUUUAUGGGUUGUUCUGUCACUGGAACACUCUCAAUCAUUGCUGGAUAAUAAAUACAUCAGUGGAUUAUUCACAAAAGCUUGAUCCUUUAAACAUGCUGUAUAUGUUCUCUGACCACGUUACCCAGACCCAAUUCUGACCCAGUUGGUGAGCAGUUGCAGGACACCUUUAGUCCAAUCCACCACUGAGCUAGU